AUGAAUCUUUUAGGACGCGUGGGAACGGUCUUUCUCGUCGUCAUUAACAUUUUCUUUAUAAUUGCUGGAAUUGCACUGCUUAUUGGCGGAGCAAUCAUGAAUGAAAAAGGAGGUGCAUAUGCUGCACAAUAUAUGCCGCUGCUGGAAAACAUUUCCAUUGGAUCUUUUAAGAUGGGAAGUCUAGUAAAGGCUCUUGCUGGAUUCGGAGUAUCUCUCGGGCUCUUUGCAAUAGUCGUGGCUAUCAUUGGAAUAGCUGGGGCAAUAUCGCGCAUGAGACUUCUACUGAUUAUUUAUGGGGCAAUCAUUAUAAUCAUCUUACUAUUGGAGUUUGUUGCUCUGGGAGGAUGGUUUACGUUCAAGCACGAGUUGGUGGCUACAAUCAAAGAUCAAAUGUUAAAUCUGGUCCAGAGAUACGACGGAAAUACCGCCAAUCAAAUCACGCGGGCAUGGAACUUCCUGUUUUUAACUUUUCACUGUUGUGGAGUCAAUCCCGUCAUUCUUGGUAAUGACUUUGUCAGUACCAUCUGGUGGCUGAACCCUCUGAGAGGUCAAUCUAUCAUUCCGGGGCACUGCUGUGUGGGAGCGGAUCCAAACACUGCCGACUUCAACAUCAAUCAACUGUGUACCAUCAAUCCGUCAACCGUGACUGCGUACAUCGACAGGGGUUGUUACAAUGAAAUGUCCAACAUCAUGAAUCCAUACAGCAGUACAUUUAUCGCCACCGGAGUAGUACUUGUGAUUAUUGAGGUCAUGGCUGUCAGCGCAGCAUUUGGAAUAUUGUGUCAAAUGAAAAAUGGUGUCGAAUAUGAAGUAAACGAGAAAAAGCGAGGCGGGACAGCAUAGAUUCUGGUCCAUUUUGUUACAUCGUUUCGUAUCUGGCAGGGACUUGUAUGCAAUUUAUAUUUCGAAUAGUAAUUAAUCUUCUACUGAUUUGUAUUUUGAAUACUACUCAUAAUAAAAU